CCUGGGAGCUGAGAUUGAGGCAGCAGAGGAGAGCUAGCUGCUACCAACCAGGAGCAAGGCCAGGCCAGGCACCAUGACCCAAGCAUCUAAUAGCACCUGCUUGCCCGGGAUGUUGGCGAGAGCUGGCAAAACCCUGAGCCAGUACCAGGAGGAAUACCUGUGGCCGGUGCUGGUGGUCGAGUUCCUCGUGGCUGUGGGGGGCAAUGGCCUGGUCCUGUACCGCUUCAGUACCCGGGAGCAGCGCCCGUGGCAUCCAGCCAUCAUCUUCUCGGCCCAGCUGGCUGUCAGCGACCUGUUCUAUGCCUUCUCCCUGCCUCCCCUGGUUUUUUACUUCUAUCCACCCAAGCACUGGAGCUUCGGGGCAGCUGCAUGUCUGUUCGAGCGCUUCCUCUUCAACUGUAACCUUUACAGCAGCAUUUUCUUCAUCACUUGCAUAAGCCUCAACCGCUACCUGGGCAUUGUGCACCCCUUCUUUGCCCACGGCCACGUGCGACCCAAGCAUGCUUGGGCCAUCAGCCUGGCUGGCUGGGGCCUCGUGGCUGCCCUGGCAGCACCCACCUUCAAGUUCUCCCACCUUGUCUUGCCCCAAAAUGGCACAGGGGCACAUUGCCAUGUGAACCAGCCUGAGGGCUGUACUAAAUGCCUGGGAACAGCUGGAGAUGACCAUCUGCCAGACUACUGGGUCUACAGCCUGGUGCUGGUGGUGCUGGGCUGCGGCCUGCCCUUCCUGCUCACUCUCCUGGCCUACAGUGCCAUUGGCCAGGCCAUCCUGACCAACCCCAAUAUAACAAGGCCGGAGAAGCUCAAGGUGGGAGUGCUGGUAGGUGGUGGGGUGGUCCUCUACGCCAUGUCCUACAUCCCAUACCACAUCAUGCAUGUCCUUAAUGUCCAGGCCCGCCAGCGCUGGCUGGAACUCUGCAGCAGCUUCUCAAACGAGUCGCAGGCUGUGGCCGCUCUGGACCUUGGUCUAUACCUGGGCUACCAGGCAAGCAGGGGGCUCGUGCCUCUGGCCAUGUGCUUCCACCCAUUGCUCUAUACAGCUGUGGCCUCAAGCCUCCGAUGCUCAAGACUAUGUGGGGGACCCAAGGGUGGGGAGAUGUCCCUGAGGCAGAUAAGCCCCACUGAAUCUUGACCACUAGCAGGAUGCAAAGCAGCAUGCCAAAUGGGACUUAGGACACUUAGUUGUCUGAGAUGAGCAUUGAGCCCAUGACUUAGUGAAAAGAGUGGGGGGUGACAGGGAUGGAGGGCAAGAAAGGACCUUGUGUUCCUCUUCUCUCUGAAACCACUGUGCCAGACCCAUGGCAGAAUUAAGGGACCAAAGUUGGAAACCUCGAGUGACCUUUGACUCUCCUGUUCCCUUGCUCCUUGCUUACUGGUCCCCCAGACCUGGCUCUUUUCCAAUCCAUCCUAAGCAGCUUGCCAACACAGUGCCAAUACCUGCCAGCAUUCCCCUAGUCAAAAAUUUCAGCGGCUAGUGCCUCUAAGAUACAAACUCCUUAGGAAGGCUCCAAAACUUUCCUGCUCUUAAUUCCCCCUACUCUAAGCUUUCUAGUUCCAUUCAAACUAUUGCUAAGGGUUCCUUACACUGGACAGCCAUCUCCUACUCCACCCCCCACACACAUUUGUCAGGCUUACAAUACACUCACUUAUCUGUGAAACCAAAGCCUUAGCUUCCUUCACGGCUCAGCUCAGGUGCCAGAUUCACACAGCAAUUAAUCCCCAACACCGCCCCCCUCCCCAAGCCCCAAGCUGAAAAUAUUCUCGAAUUUUCCUUUAACAUUUCUCCUUUGCCUGGAUCUUGCAACAUGCCUUCUUGCACGGGUUCUAUUCCACCUCUCAAUCUAUAAGUCCCUGGAUGGUGAAAGCUGUCAACUCUUAUCUUUGAAUCUUGAGCCACUAGUAGUAUUCUAAAAAUAAUUAAGUAUGUUGUCAAAAACAAUGAGGAAGCUCACAUUUUUGCAAAAAUAUUUGCAACAGUACUUUUUGUAGUCACAAAGAACUAAAAGGAAAGUGGCUACCAUUAACUGGGGAAUGGAUGAACAAAUAGCAGGGCAUGGAUAUAAUGGAAUCUGUAACAAGUGACAAACAUGGAGAAUUCAGAGAAAUAUGGGAAGACUGUUUCCUAAGACUACAGCCGUGGAGCUGGCAGGGAUGCCAAGUCUCGUCCUCCCUCCCCAACUUCUGUCACAGAGGCCGACCCCGAGACCUAACGAGAUUAAGUGACUUGCCUAUGGUCACGAGAGCCAGAUAUGACUGAUGCAAAGGAAGUAAAAUCAGAAUAACCAACAAAAAUGAUCUCGAUAAUGUUAAAGGAAAUCUUCCUGAUUGAUACCAGUGUGUCUGUCCAUCUACUGUCCGGGGAUCCGAUGGUGAGCCACGCUUCCCUCCCUCCUCUUGGCUGAGGUGGACAACAGGCGUGGAACAAAAUGUGUUUUCAGACGUGGACCAACUUGUUUUUGUUAGCACUUCUCUAUGAUUAGGGAGGGUUCUAAUAUGGGGAGAAUGAAGUGAAAUGACCACUUCAUGAAGAGGCGGUUGAUGUAAAUAAAAUGUUUAAAGGAGAAGGCAUUGAAUAAACAAGGCUUCUGAAUGACUUAAGGGAGCAAGAAGGCCACUUGUGCCCUAAGGCAGGAUGGGGGUGGGAGCCCGUAUUGAGGGCCCGUAUUGAGGGCCCCAAGCAGGAAGUGCAGGUGCCACCUGGCCAACGCUCUCAGCCCAAGUCCGGG